AUGUCAUUUUGGCAAUUUCUCAUUUCGUAUUUGGGAGUGUCACAAUUUGUAUUAAAAGAAAAUGGGUCAACAAAUGAGCCUUCGGUGCUUUCACGACCACGAAUGUGUCUUUUCAAAAUUCUAUCAUUGUUGAAAAGGCGUGAAAACAGAGAUUGUCUUCUCAGUCAAGCAAACUCGUACUUUGCGCUAACUCAUCUUGGUAAAACUCAGUGUUUCUACUCCGUCCUCGUGAGCGAUAGAACAUUUGUUGAAAAUUCAUUGACACCAUUACAUCUUGCUGCCAAAGAAGGUCACAUUGAAAUUGUUCGCUGUUUAUGCUUGUUUGGUGCUAACGUGAUUCGUAAGAACAAGGACGGAUUAACUGCAGAAAUUAUAGCUUUAGCUCAAGAAAAUACGCAAAUUGGCACGCUUCUAGCAAAAAUGAAAUCGGAGCAAACACGUGAUGCCUACAUGGAGCAGUUGUGUUCUUUGGAGAUGCCAUUACGUCGAAUUAAAUUGAAAGUAUUUGGACAUGCUGGUGUGGGCAAAACUCGGUUGAUCUGUGCUUUGCAAAGUGGUAGUAUGAUUGGAUCUAUUAUUGGUGCUGUUCAGAGACGAUUUUCUGAUAAUCCAUCCCCUUCUUCAUCUACAACUACAUCAAGUCCAUCGCAAGAUGAAGGGAUCAAUUCACUGGAUGAUUCAUUAGAAUCGAAUAAUAAUAUGAAGGGUAGCAGAAAACGGUUAAUACCACAUGCACAUUAUACUCGUGGGAUUGAUGUGCAAAAUGUAACUUUGCAAGGUUGUGGUGAAUUUUCCGUCUGGGAAUUUGGCGGAUAUGAGCCAUACCAUAUGGCAUAUGAUCAUUUUGUUGGCAAUACCGAUUGUGUUCACGUUAUCGUAUAUCGAUGCACUGAUCCUACCGAAAUACAAUACAAACAAGUAUUAUACUGGAUGAAUUUUUUGAAAGGACGAGUUACUCCAAGUGAACCGAUCGGACACUGUGGAAUCGUUUCGCGAAGAAGCAAAGUAAUUAUUAUUGGUAGUCACGCAACAUCAGCACUUUUCCCUCAACGAAAUAGCGAUGGCGAUUAUAUUUCCUCGGAUAGUGAUGCCAUGCUAAAAACAGUUCGCUUACGUUUCGAGACUCACUUCGACAUCCACGACCAGCUUAUUCUAUUGGACUCAACUCAGAAUAAUUGUCCUGGAAUGAAAUCUCUAAAAUCAUAUCUUUCGAAAGCACGCGAAUCAGUUCUUUCGAGAUUACAAAAGCCUUUAAGUUUGCUCGACACCACCGUACACUACAUCGCGAGCUUGCGUAAGCAGCACGCAAGCUUUCCGGUAAUAACAUGGCCACAUUUUACAGCAUUAAUAAGAAAUGAUGUUAAUCCACUGGCUGGUGACAAUCACUGCCGUCAGUUAAUCCAGCAAUUGCAGCUCAUUGGCGAGGUUGUGUAUCUUCGAGACGAAGUAUCAGAGUUAGAUUAUGUAGUACUGUCGCCAGAAUGGCUUGGUACUCAUGUUUUGGGUAAUCUUCUUUCUGCGGAAUUUUUGUCUCGAUGUCGUGUUAAUGGUUGUUACUCCAUCGAUGAUUUCGCACCUAUUUAUCCCGAAAUUGCAGAUUCAGCUGACUUACUAAGAAUUUUAGAUACUUUGCAGCUUUGUGCACCUACUGAUACAAAUGGCGAAGCAGAAUUUGAAUUUCCUGCAUUCAAUGUGCUAGAUCCCCCCCAAGACAUUUGGCGUCGAGAUCGGCCAACUUAUGUUUACGGCGGCGUGAGGAUCUUCCCAAUGCGUGGUAUGGAACGUUCACUUCAAAGUACUUUUUCACGAAUACAAGUAGCAUUACGUCGAUCAAUGCAUGAUUUUCAGGAUCCAAUGGAUGCUGACUUGAUGCAGUGGAAUGGUUGCAGCAAGAUGAGUUCGGGUCAAAUGGAAGCUCUCAUUCGUCUUCACGGGGAUGCAGUCGAGAUUCAAGUUCGAGGACCGUGUGAGAUAGCUACCUCGUGCUUCUAUUUUCUAGAAGAUAUCACAAAUCUCGUAGAGCAAACAGCGCAGGAAGUUGCUCCCGGAAUUUCUCUCGAGAGACACUUCCUUUCUCCAAAGCAUUUGAGGGAACAUGUAUUGAAUCCGGCCGUUUAUGCUCCAGAAACGAUCAUGGCAAUGCAACAAGCAGAAUCUUUAACAAUUCGUAAUAAUCAGGAAAGUGAUGAAUUAUUCAUGGAUGUCGUGUGCUUCGGAUCUCGUGAUGUAGCUGCUGUACUUACUCUUGGUAUUGAUGUUGGUGUUGCACAACUUCAACUUGCAUCACGUUGUGAAUUAGCCGCUCUUCUGGAUCCAUCGGAUGCUAUGGGAAGAGAUUGGUCUAUUCUUGCGUUGAAUCUUACCGAUCAGUUGCCAGAAGUGGAUUCUACUGGGCAAAGCCUUUCGAGAACUGAUCAACUGUUAGCUGAAUGGGCUUUACAAUGUCCAGAAACAGCAACUGUUGGUAGAUUGUGUACUGUUUUAGAAGAAUUAGGCAGGCAAGAUGCCCGAGAUGCACUCUACAGGACUGUACCUUUGUACCUGUUUGCUCCUCUUGAUGAGCAACCAACGUUACACUUAACCGAAUGUGGUGAUUCUGGCGUGGUCUCGUCAACUCAGUCAACUACUGGUCCACGUUCAGGCUCAACUCUCUCUCGAUAA